CGAAAUAUGUUUGCUAUGGUUUCUAAAUUUGUUAAGAACCUUUGAUUUAGCUUUGCUAACAAUUAAGUGAUUAAAUUGUGUAAUUAACUGUAGUUUUGAUUAAUUUAAUUUCGAGAAAAUGUUCCAUCGAUUAGCCUUCACCUCUGGGUCAACUUUGGCUAAGAUCGCAAAGUCUGGAUCGAGUCAUCAACAAUUCACCUGCAAUUCACGCCAAUUACCAAUCAUACCUGUUGAUCAAUCUCACCUUGAUUCAAGUUCUGAUGUUUCACCUCAAGAUUUUGCUCUGGUUUCAGGAAUGCCCGAAGAACAUACAACCACAAGAAGAGUUCGAGUGUUUAAAGAGGCAAAAAACGCGAUGCAAUCAGGAAACAAGAAUACGAAUACAUGGAAAUUAGACUUUGAAAACAGAGAAAGAUGGGAAAAUCCACUCAUGGGAUGGACAUCAACAGGUGAUCCAAUUUCAAACUUAUCUCUCAAGUUCAAUUGCCUAGAAGAAGCUAUUGCUUUUUGCGAGAAAAAUGUUUGGUCAUAUUCCGUUGAUGAACCACCGGAACCAAGGAAACCAAAGAAAAAAUCAUAUGCCGAUAAUUUCUCAUGGAACAAGCGAAUCAGAGUCGGCAGGUGGUCUGGUUAAUAUUUAAUAUUAUCGAUAAUUAGUUAAAUUAUUUUGAUUUUGAA